GCUCUAAUUUCGCUGUCACAGUGACAGUCUGUCUGUCAUGUGCACCGGUUGAUUAUUUGAAAAAGUGUGGUUUGUGUUGCGUUAACUCAAAGAGUGUGAUUAUCGUGUAGCCAAAUAGCUGAGAACACUUUGAAAUCACUUCUGAUAACGAUCGCUGCUGUUAAAUAAAGUAAAUAAAACAAAAAAAGCAAUUCAAUCCGAUUAAUUCCGAAUUACUAAAAGCACAACAACAAAUGAAUAGUAUAUAUGUAUGCUGAGAGUGAUAAAAUUGGUAGAAGUGUGCAAAAUCGGAAUGAGCGAUCGAAUAUUUUGUGAAUAUAAUUUUAUUUCAAAGCAACACGACGUUUGUGACUUUUACCAACCACUGUGCGAUAGAAGCAAGUCAAAGCAGAGGAAGCGAAUUUAUAUGCUUUUGCGAAAUUUUGCAACGUUGUAAAAAACAGGAAAACAAAGGACAUACAAUUAAUUUUAACCGCCAGGAACUGCCGGCUUAAUUUUUUAAAGAAACUAAUUUUUAAAGUGGUGAUGUUAUUUAAAUAAUCGCAAAUACAAUUGAAAAAGUUAAGCGAUGUACACCAAAGUGUUUUAACAAAAAAAAAAUCAAAAAUUAGUGCUCUGUUCUGAAUCUUUGAAAGUGUGGCUGGCAGGUUUUUAUUCCAUUAAGAUUUUUGUUGUAGCAUAAUGGACCUUUUGUGCACCGAAAAUUUAAGGAAUGAUUACGACUGUGAAGUACCGUAUGUGCCUGCGCAUUCGCGAGCACAUACCUAUGCCCAAUCGCAGUCAAUGAUACAACCACAACCACACCCGCAAUCACAACCACCACCCGCAACAACAACAGCAAUUACAGCAAUAGCAACAGGGGCAGCACAAACCGAGCAUACAGAUAUCUACAUACCAAAGGAACAAGCACAUCAGCAACAAACGCAAGUUAUGCCCGGCGCACCCUCGCCCUAUUCUAGCUCCAGCUCGUCGCUGCUGUCGCCGGGUUCGAGUUCACCCUCUUCCGGCUAUAAUUCGGCAACAAGUAACAGUUCCCAUGCAAAUCCAACGCAUAUGCUUCAUAGCCGUCAGUAUCGUCAGGAAGAAGACACACAGAAUUGCAUCCAGCAAAAAUAUGUACAACAAGAAUUCCAUCAACAUCAUCAACAGCAACAGGAGCAGCAGAAGCGGCAAGAGACAAAGCAACCGCAUUACUAUGAAGAUCAGCAUAGUGCUGGUAAUGCUUUAUUUCUAAAGUCAGUGCCAAGUCGCGAUUUGGGUUUCGUAAAUAUUGCUACAGUGGAUCCGAUAUUUUUAACCGAUCGUUGUUUGGAGAAUGCUUUAAAAGCAGAAGAAAAGCUACCACAACCGGUUUGCACGUAUUUCAAGACGGUGCAGAAAGACAUAACACCGCCUAUGCGCAAAAUCGUCGCAGAAUGGAUGAUGGAGGUUUGUGCCGAAGAGAAAUGCCAAGAGGAGGUCGUACUAUUGGCGCUCAAUUAUAUGGAUCGUUUUCUAUCCACAAAAUCGGUAACAAAAACACAUCUGCAAAUAUUGGCAGCGGCCUGUCUGCUAUUAGCCUCGAAAUUGCGAGAGCCCAGCUGUCGGGCGUUAUCUGCCGAAUUGUUGGUAUUCUACACGGACAACAGCAUAUACAAAGGCGAUUUAAUUAAAUGGGAACUUUUUGUGCUGAGUCGACUUGGCUGGGACUUGUCGUCUGUUACGCCUUUGGAUUUUCUAGAACUAUUACUUAUCCGCCUGCCAAUUAAGAGUAAAGAAUGUCCUGAUUUGAGUCUCGAAAAAGUAAGACAACAUGCGCAGGCCUUCAUAUGUUUAGCAGCCAAAGAACAUUACUUCUCGAUAUAUUCGGCCAGUACUAUUGCCGCCGCCAGUAUCGCCGCAGCUCUGGGCGGUUUGAAUUGGCACUUACGUACUGGACAAAAAUUACGUCAUCUAUUGAAUUUAUUGACCGAUUUGACCAGCAUUGAACAGGAAUACCUCCAUGAAUGCAUGCAAAAAAUGGAAAUUAUUUUCGAGGAGCAUAGUCGUAAUUUGCAGCCAUACGCAAAUACAGAAGAAUCUUAUCAACAUAAUCAGCAACAACAGCUGCAGUCGGAGCAGGAACAUCAUUUUCAGCAGCAGCAGCAGCAACAGCACCAUCAUAACCAGCAACUGCAACAACAGCAGGUGCACGCUGUGCAUCAGUAUAAGCACCAGCAGCAGCAGCAGCAGCAGCAGGAACAGCAACAGCACCACCAAAAUCAGCACCAGCAACAUCAUCAACAACACCGCUCAAGGAGUGCGGAACACUCCCAUCAGCAUCAGCCAAUGAUCGCUGUGGAGCAACAACAACAGCACUUAAAUAGCUUUCAUCAUAGCAACAGCAGUAGUAAUGGCAACACGAACAGCGGCGGCGGCAUAAGCGUCGAUAAUGCGUCCAAUGUAAGCACAACAAUUCUCUCCGAUUUGACACAAAGCUGUGAAUUUUAAUUAUGCUUGCAUAAUGGUGAAGAAAAUGUAUGCUCAACUUUAUCUGGGCAUUAUAUGGAUAGCCUAUCGACUUUCAAAUUCCAUUAUUUGCAAGCUGACGCACCAGCAAAGCUAAUAAUUACACUGAAUUUCAUGCUACUACUCCUAUAUUGUAGUAGCAUAUCUUAAGUUUAGAACUAUGCAGAAAACUAGGCAACAAGAAAGGUAGUUGAAAAAAAAAAAUUAGUUACUUGUUACAUUGUUACGUUGAAAAUAAUUUGCAGUGAAGUCUACUUUUAGGCACUUAUGCUUAAGACUCCAUAGAUUGAUUUGCACUUACCGUUCGCUGUUUUAGUUAUUACUUGUUAUGCAAGGAACGAAAACGAGUCAGUUGUUGCUUUUUAGGCGCUCAUGUUUCCAUAAAGAAAUCGUUUUUUUUUAGUUUUUCCUUCAUUUUGCAAAAAAAAAAUUAAAAUCUGUUACUCGUUUAUGCUUUCUUAUUACUGCUAUUAUCUAGUAGCAUGUACUGGAUUGUCUCGUCAAAGCAAAACGCAAACAAAAAUCAAACUUGUCAGUUUAUUUACAUACCUACCUACCUACACACAUAUAUAUGUAUUUAUACUUAGUUAUAUAAGUAUGUUAACCAAAAUUUGCAUAUGGAUUUGAAUGAAUGAUUUAGAAUGUAAGCGGAAAUGUACUAAAUGAAUUAGUAUGGCGAAUGAACACAUACCACACACACACACACACACACACACACACCCACAAAACACCCCUUCCCCACCACACGCAAAUACAUGCAUAAUUUUUUAUGCAGAAUAUGAAUUGCAAAUCAAUUUAAAUUUAAUAGUCACCUUUGGCUUUCCAUUUUGAAGACGCCAAGUACAAAUACAUACUUACAAAUAAAUAUACAUAUUUAAUAGUUUAAAAUAAAAAUAAAGAAAACACUAUAGUACCGGCAGUUUCUUGUUUUUUUUUUUGCAACUGUCAGCCAAUAAAACCCCGUGUCGAAUAAAUUUUCUGAAAAUUUGAAAUUGAGAAUCUACAAUAAAAACAAAAAAUAGGCAAAAUAAAUUGCAGAUGUGUUCAAAGUUGAAAUUUGUAAGAGAGUUUAAUAGGAUUACAUAGUUAUUAUUACAGCAUUAUAUUAAGUCAGCCUGGUAAGUUAAGAUUUUUUUGCUUUGUACUAAACUUUUUCCAUUGUUUAAUUACAUUUAUAAUAUUUUAAUAAGCCAUUUGAAUUUUGUAAAAAAAUAAUAUCGCAACAGCGGUAAGGAAACGAAAAUAAUAGACUGAUUAAAUACACACGCACACACAAAAGAAAGCAAUAAUAUUUUUUUUUUGUAAAUAGUAAAAAAAAUGCAUGCACAUGCACAUAGUUACAUACAUACAUAUACAAAUAGAACAGAAACAUCUACUGUAAAUUUUAUUAGAAAUAUAGUUAAUCUAUAGAAAUGCGGGUUUAUGCAAGGCUUUAGAUAUACAUACUACAUACAUACAUACCUACAUACAUGCAUACAAAUCUAUAUAUGUAUAGUACAGUAUAGAUAAGUAUGUAUAUGUACAUAUGUGAGAGCAGAAGUGGCCUAAUCAAUUUUUUAUUUUUUUUUGUACUUAACUUAAAAUAGAGUCAAAUGAGAUAAAUUACAAAAUAAAAGUAGCUUAUUCCUUAAUUUUAAGGUACGCUAUGUAGGAAUGAGCGACUUUAUUUUGAAAUUUAUCACAUUUGAAACCAUUUUAACUACUUAAGAAAAAAAAAACAAUUAUGAGUUAGGCAACUUCUGCACCCAAGGCUUCCUAUGUGCAUAAGUAGUUAUUCAUGUAUGUACAUACACUUAAAUUUGUAUGUUUAUAUGAGUAGGUAGCAAACAUGAAAAAUUUAAACUGCGAACUGUACUAUUCGAAAACAAAAAAGCGUGGUAAUUAGGAAUUUAGGGAGUAUUUUUCUUCCAAUAUGGGAAAUCAAUUUUUCACUAAAUGAUACCAAAAAGCUUGUUGAAUUAACAAAGAAAAUGCUUUGAAAGCUCUCUCUGAAUUUUGAUAUGAAUCUUUAUCUGAUAGCAAACUAACGGAAUUUAAAUAAAAAAUUCUUCUGAAAAAGGUAUUUUUUUAGUUCUUACUAAGUAUACAAGUAUACACUACCGUUUUCUAAGGAAAAUAAAAUACAUGAAGCGGAAAACCUAACAAAUGAGUAAAAGAUAAAACAAUAAAA